AUGCUAGGUGGAUUUGGAGGAAAGUCAUCUUCCGGAGGCCGUAAAAGCCUCCGUGUCGCCGUCGCUGGCGACAAAGGCACCGGUAAAUCGAGCCUGAUCUCUGCCGUCGCCUCCGAAACUUUCCCGGAUAACGUCCCGCGCGUACUGCCUCCGACGACUCUCCCAGCUGACGCUUACCCUGACUAUAUACCUAUCACCAUCAUUGAUACUCCCUCAAGUAUUGACAAUAGGAUAAAGCUCAUUGAGGAAUUCAGGAAGGCCGAUGUUGUGAUUCUGACUUAUGCCUGUGACCAGCCUGCAACUCUUGAUCGCUUGAGUUCUUACUGGCUCCCUGAGCUCCGCCGUUUACAGAUCAAAGCACCAGUGAUUGUGGUGGGCUGCAAGCUUGAUUUACGAGAUGAACGCUCUCCUGUUAGACUUGAGGAUAUUAUGGCACCAAUCAUGAAGGAGUACCGAGAGAUUGAAACCUGUAUUGAAUGUUCUGCAUUAACCCUUAUUCAGGCCCCUGAUGUCUUCUACUAUGCAUUGAAAGCAGUACUUCAUCCUACAUUUCCUUUGUUUGAUCAAGAAAAGCAAUGUUUGAAACCUCGCCUCCGCAGGGCUGUUCAAAGAAUAUUCAACUUUUGCGAUCAAGAUUUGGAUGGUGCCCUUAAUGACGCUGAGUUAAAUGAUUUCCAGGUAAAUUGUUUUGGCGCCCCACUUGACCCUGUUGAACUUAUGGGAGUUAAGAGAGUGGUACAAGAAAGACAACCAGAUGGAGUAACUGAUCUUGGUCUUACACUUCCGGGUUUCCUUUUCCUUUUUUCUCUAUUUAUCGAGAGAGGUCGCCCUGAGACUGCAUGGGCUAUCCUACGGAAAUUUGGUUACAAUGAUUCUUUGGAGCUCAACACCGAGUUACUAACAGUUCCAGCAAAGCAUUCUCCUGAUCAGAGCAUCGAGCUAACUAAUGAAACUAUGGACUUUCUGAGGGGAUUCUUCCAGUUGUAUGACCUUGAUAAUGAUGGAGCCUUACGGCCAGAUGAGCUAGAUGAUUUGUUUCAAACAGCUCCAGAUAGUCCUUGGCUUGAGGCACCCUAUAAAGAUGCCGCAGAGAAAACACCGGGCGGAAAGUUGACAAUCAAUGGGUUUCUGUCUGAGUGGGCUCUAAUGACGCUACUAGAUCCUCGGAAAACUUUGGCAAACCUGAUAUAUAUCGGUUAUGGUCACGAUCCAGCUUCAGCAUUUUCUGUUACUAGGAAAAGAUCAGUGGAUCGUAAGAAGCAGCGAACAGAAAGGAAUGUGUUUCAGUGCUUUGUAUUCGGCCCUAAGAAAUCUGGAAAGUCUGCGCUCCUCGAUUCUUUCUUAGAGAGGAAAUUUUCGGACGGCUAUAAGGCAACAGUGGGUGAACGAUAUGCAGCAAACGUCGUUGAUCAGCCUGGGGGUUGUAAGAAAACCCUCAUAUUGAGGGAAAUACCAGAAGACAGAGUGAAAAAGUUUCUGGCGAAUAAGGAAGCGUUGGCAGCAUGUGAUGUUGCUGUGGUUGUCUAUGACAGUUCGGAUGUAUACUCAUGGAGAAAAGCGAGAGAAAUGUUGAUGGAGGUAGCGAGGAAAGGAGAAGAGAGCGGUUAUGGGACACCUUGUGUUCUGGUUGCGGCCAAAGAUGAUUUGGAUGCAUAUCCAAUGUCGGUGCAAGAGUCUGAUAGGGUCUGCAUGGAGUUGGGAAUAGACAUACCAGUGUCGGUAAGCAUGAAAGAUGAUGAAAGGAAUAGUCUGUUCAGGAAAAUAGUGAGUACAGCAGAGAACCCUCACAUGAGCGUGCCGGAGACAGAGUCGGGAAGAAGAAGCAAGAAUAUACGCCAAGUCGUGAAUAGCUCACUUCUAUUUGUCUCAGUGGGUACAGCGGUUGGUUUUGCCGGAUUGGCAGCGUACCGUGCUUAUUCCGCGAGGAAGAAUGCUUGAAGAACUAAAAAAAGACAUCAUAAAUGAUGGCUUCUUCAUAUGUACGUAAUUUUGAAAUUUUAUAGAUACAAAAAGGUAUUCUUCUCUCUUUUGAUUGUCGUCAAGACUCAAGGGCAUUCAUUAUCCGCGCAAGUGUGGUGUGAUCCACUAUUUUUUUCUUUCUUAUUCGGGUGUUUGUGGUUUUAUUUGAUUGGCUAAUCUUCCAAAAACCAAUGUGAACCUUUUGCUUCUUUAUAACUUUUUGUUUUCCUUAGUUAGUGUACAUGUAUCGUCGGACUGGUUGAUGAUAUAAUACAUAGCGACCAUUUUAUUAAUGCUU